GCGCGGUACCGGCGAGUCACCUCGCGAGCGCACUCCCCGGGAACACGUGCGACCCGCGAACCAUCGUACAGAAAUGUCGAGCGCCUAACGUAAUAAGGACCUUGAUUUUGAAUUCCAUUUUUAAAAUGUGUCAUGACAAAGUGGACUAGAUUUGUGUGAACUUUAAUUUUUUUUUUAUUUUAUUAAUUCAAGAUAAUAUGUAUCGUUGGGGCAUUUGAAAGUUUCGCACGCUGCGCUGCUUCUUAUUCGAUUUCUGCAAAACACCGAUCAACUGGACUAUGAAGACUUGAGGUAUAAGAGCAAUGCCGGUGGCGGGCGGUCGUGGUCGCGCGGGCGGCGUGGGGUAGCAUGGCCACGCUGCUGCUACUGCUGGCCACGGCGGCGGCCGCCCGACUCGGGGACCUCGCCAGGCGUGAUACAGGCGAUAUUUUCACCUUAAUAGGAGAAGAAUGUGGGGCUGCGCAAUGCGCAGAGCAUGGGGCUGGUCAAGGCGCUGAAGAUGGCAUAGGAUGCGCUUGCGUUUGUCCGCAGCGAGCUCCCUUGUUCAGGGAAGACAGAGAGCUAUGCGUCGAUGAUCUACCAGAAUGCGCACUAGCAACAUUCGGGACUGGCCUAAGCAAUCAACGGAUACCAUUCGUUUAUCUACCUCUGAAAGGUCAAAUCAUUCAUCCUUCAAGAGAAAUUACUUUUCAAAACGUCAAAACUCCUAUAUGCGCUGUAUCAGGAGCUCAGUUUCUUACACGCAAAGGCUUCGUUGACAUACGAAACACGCUAGACGCGGAUGUACCUUUCAACUUAUUUCGAGACGAAGGCCGAACUUUUCUUCAGUGGAACGGUGAAAAUGAUGUUCGUGCACGUAUGACAGGACGUGUUAUGCUGGUGCGUCUGCUUUGUCGGGACGUGGCCGCCACGCCUAAUUCACCAUUAGACCUCCGCGGAGUCUUCACGCCAUGCGUCGCGUUCCGAGUACAAGGAACACCCCCGAAAGCCUAUAUAAACGUAUCAGAGGUUCAGUUUGCGCCAAACGCCCAUGAAUCGGACGCCACAACCACAUCAGGACUUUCCAUCUCCGAAUAUGUUGCUAUCGGAAUAAGCUCCUUAUUGCUCGGCCUCAUAUAUAUUGCUUCAGUGCUCUUUUUCUUACAUAUUCGUAAACGCAGAAAAACCUCUAGCGAAGACAAAAGGCGGCAAGGAUCAAAUAAGAAAGAUGGCCUUCCUAUCACUGAACGAGAUAUAAUUAGAAUUAAUAACGAACGUAUGCAGUCUUUGCCGAAUGCAAUGAGACAGGAUGAUGGAAUGAUCAAGAAAAAUCCACUAUUGAGCAACACGUACACAGAUCACAAAGGUUUUAUUAGUGACGCUAGCAAUAUAUCGGAUUCUGAUGACUUUGGUGAUAGCAGUGUUAUGAGUGAUGACAACCUGUAUCAUAACCAAACAACAUCAGCCCUCAUACACCAACAUCGAGAAUUCAAAAUCAACCGUGAUAACCCUGAACUAUCGCAUCGUGAUGAUUCCGGAAUCGAAAGAUUACCCGACGAGCACGUGUCCAUUGUCGAAACCACUGAUGAUAGAGAGAUAAUGAGACCAGUUGGCACAACGCGUAGGAAGCUGUAUUUCAACCCGGCUUAUUUCGAACCUCAACUAAUGGCUGAACCUCCAGAAGCAGCUUUAGAAUUUUUAACGAAAAUACGAGAAGUAAUAUCUAUAGCAAAACAUAAGAUGGCAACUAAAAGAUUUCAACCCGUUCUCAAUGAAAUACCAGAAGAAGAAACUUACUCGUCAAGUGGAAACAACUUAGAUUUAUAUCAACGUUUGGGAAGUCAAAAAAGUGACAGCGUAUUUAGUUUGAAACGAGACAAUAGCAGGCGAAAAGAUUGUAUUGGAUGUCCUGGGUGCCAAUCGGGAAAUUCAAAUGAUAUGCAGUAUUUUGUGAAACACAAUCUCCCGUCUUGUUCUAACUGCUUAGGGAAUAAAGGAGAUAAACAGAUCAGUAUCAGAAAAUGGUUGGAGGAUAUACCACCAGCUAAGCAAUCAGAUGGUGAAUUCUUAAGAUUAGCCGAACAACAUGGCAUUGUUAAUUCUAUGAUGUCCUUACCACCACUAACAGAGAACAGAGUUCCCAAAAUACGCAAGCAACACAGCUUUACAACAUCGAGUUCUAUGAACAACGGGAAUGACUUUUACGUGCCCAAAAAUUCUGGUACAAUGUCAAUAAGAUCCGAACCAGGUGUUCGGAAUCAUAAUUUGCCAUUGCCUGAAUUUGAUAAUAUAACCUAUUCUCGAUAUGGACAAAACAUUGCGGAAGUUAAUGAUAUUAACGCAUUAGAUGUAGAACAUUACUUUUCAGGUAUUCCGAGAAAAAUUGACUAUAUACCUAAAAAUAAUAAUGUCUUACCUGACAUGAUAAAUGAAGCUGUAGCUUUAGAUAGUUCUAAAGCUUACAAUGAAGCAAGUAGCUCAGACGAUGAGAAACUUAAUGGUAAUAUAUUAGACGAAUUAAACGAGGGUAGACAUAUCGCUUUAUUAAAUAGACGUAAUACAGAGAUACCAUCAGGAAAUGAAUAUGAAACUGACAGUCUGGAAAGAAAUUCCAAUAAAAAAGGUGUUGUAACACCAACUGAAUAUCCAGAUGUUCCAUCAUCCCAAGCUAGUCCAAGUCUAAGCAAUGCUUUACCUUUAGAAGAAGAGCUUACGAUGCGCAAUGCAAUAUACAAAAUUAAUUCGAGUAGCAAUAGUAAUACCCCAUCACCUCACCACGACAUUACCUUGCAUCCAAAUUAUUAUGAAACUAUUCGUCAAACAAACGACAAAAGUAAGUCUUGUAAAAUAAUUAAUCAGGAUCAUGAUUACAGUCUAGUAAGCGAAGUGUAUGUUAAUAAUAAUUAUAACUUUGGAAGUACGCCGACAUCUCCAAGUGGAUCAGAAUGUUCCAUGGGAAGUAAGAAACUUAUCCUUACCAAUGCUUUACAAGAAAAACCUGGUUGUUUGACAAUAGAAGUAAAAGAUCCCCCAGAAAAUUAUAUUAAAAUUCAUGAAUCUGAUGGCUUCGAACCUGACACAUUAGAUAGAAAACAUACAAAACACAAAGAUUUAAUAGAUAAUGUACAGUUUAGUAGGAGAGAUUUUAUAAAAUCUAUUGAGAAUAUUGAGAAUGAGGAAGGUCCUCUACGGCAACGUAUAAAAUUGAGAAGUAGUGGAACUUUUGUAAAAUCUGAUGAAAAAGUAUUGUCUACAACGAAGUUUCACAGUUUGCGGAACGCAUGUGAUCAAAGAAAACCUAUUCACGACCGACCUAAGCUCUCUGUAACUUCCUUUAGCGGCUCGAAGAGCUUAGAUAGUACUACAGAUGAAACGUGGGAUGAGGCAACAGAAUGGAACUCAGACGAAGGGCGUAUUCUGACUCUAGAAUUAAGGCAUUCAAAGAGACAAAGACAAUCCACACCGCCGACUAUAAAGCAAUUGAAAAAUUUAGCAAGACCGGACGUUCUUCCGCCUUUACCCCCUGCAAUUGACUACCCAAUAUACGAACAGCCAAUAAGUCCUCCUAGGAAAGUAGAAAAUGAUAGAAUACCUAUAGGAGAGUAUUCAAAAAACGAUAACGGCAGAAGCCUCAAUCCGAGGACAUUUGAAAAGAAUUUAACAACGGACAUAGUGGACUGUGAUACAUCAACGACUCCUGAAUCAUAUCAUGGACUGCCAUGUGGUCCAAUGAGAGCUUCUGUCGAAUCACAAUCCUCGGAGUACGAUAACUUUCAUGCUCAACCAAAUACGACUGGCAAUUUUUGCAGAACCUUCACCAAGCGACGUUCAGUCGACGCAUCCAGUAGUGGAUUGAACACUAAUACAUUCGUGAAGAAUGACAAAAUCGAUAACAAGCCACGGAACAGACAAAAGAAAGGUACAAACGUUCAAGAUUCUGGUUACUUGAGUAGUGAUUCGACGAAUUCAACGCCAUUCCAACGAAAGUUAGUUGUAGCAAAAAUUGUGAGUUGCAGUGAAAGUGACGAUACGGAAAAUGAAGCUAGAAGUGAAUCUGGGGCUGAAAGUGUAGAAACUCAUUCGGUGUUUUUUAACUGUUUUAGAGAGCAAGACAUUAAUAUCGAAAGUACUAGUUAUAACGAUAGUAGCAAGAGUUCUCAAGACGAUUGAUUAUAAUUUAAAUGUUGUGUGCAAUAUUUACGAACGGUGUGCAAUAUUCAUAGUGCAAUACGUUAGGUAAAUUAAAUACUCUUCAACAUUUUGUGUACUCUGUUUUGUGAAUAUAGGUCUAAUUUAUACUUAAAUUUUAUUAAUUGUAAGUAAAUUAUAAAAUAUAUUUUUUUAAUUUUAUUUUUUAGAUUCUAUGAAUGGCCGGACGUGCAAUAUUAUUUUUAAGUUUAUGACAUAUCCAAUGAGUAGGUAUGAUUCUCUUGUUUUUUAUUUUUAUUUAAAUAUAAUGUAGGCUGUAUAUGUUUAUGAAGAGUCAGGCAGCAUUGUUUAGCUUCCUAGUACCUGACAUAAUUAAGAUAAGAUUUUUUGUUUUAAUGCGAAAAGGGUUUUUCUAUUAUUUCACUUAUCUUUCCUAUGUAGGUAUACAGUGCUAUUUUUAUUUACCAAAAGUAAUUAAGACUUUAUCUCCUGACGAUAUAUGAAUAGUUCUAUAUAAACAAAUAAAUAAUAAACUAUAGAUACAGAUAGAAACUCGGUCCCUGUUAAACAGAGAGAGGUAAGCAACAUGGCGAUACGAAAACAUAGAUAUAAAUCUAAAUUAUAGAUUUUAAGUAUACCAAAACCGUUCGUACUUAUCACUUCGUACACUUGUGCCACAAAAAUGCUAUUUAUUUAUUAGUUAAACGUUAACCUUUAUAUUUUUUUUCUUUUAUAUGAAAUUCAACAGGAGCAUUUCUUUUAAAUUGCCUGACAAUUCAGCGUCUCAGGGCCUCCUUCUUAUUACGAACAUUCUGUACUUUAACUGAAACUUCCUACGAAAUGCCAACGCGAUGAGAUUAUAAAUUCAAGGGAUACAUAGCACGGGUCAACACCAAAUUUUACUUUGAUUGCAAAGCAUAAAAUUUCGAUAUUUUAGAUCGUAUUUAGACGAAAAAAAAUACAUGGCAU